AUGUCCGACAUUCGUGAAAAAGAUAAACAGGUUGGCACGGCUGAAGAAGAAGGCGAUUUUCAAGAGAAAGCAUUGAAAGAGAUACCUCGAAAUGUCUAUGGCCAUGUAGAUAGAUUAGUUUCCACAAGAUCACUAGUAAUUAGGAAGGCCGAAUUGAUGGCUAGGCAAUAUGAACGAUGGUAUUUACAGUUACUAUUUUUAUGUUGUGCAUUCAUCUGCACUUAUGGAUACUCGCUUGGCAGUACUGUUAGGUCAAGCUACAUGACAUUUGCAACAAACUCCUAUAAGACCCAUUCUCUUUUGUCUACUAUUUCAAUAAUCAAUUUAGUCAUCUCUGCGGUUUCUCAGUUGUUUUUUGCAGGAUUGUCAGAUGUAUUCGGUAGAAUCAGUCUUUUGAUUAUAUCUACUAUAUUUUACAUUGUUGGAACUGUCAUUCAGUCUCAAGCUUAUGAUAUCCAAAGAUAUGCAGCUGGUUCAGUUUUCUAUAAUGUUGGUGUUGUAGGUGUAAUGUUACAGGUCACCUUGUUUUUGUCAGACAAUUCGUCAUUGAAAUGGCGAUUAUUGUAUGCAUUUGUUCCUGCUUGGCCUUCUAUUAUUAACGUUUGGGUUUCCGGUAAUAUUGUUGAUAUGAAUAAUCCUUUACUAAAUUGGUCAUGGGGUAUUGGAAUGUGGGCCUUUAUUGGUCCAUUGACAACCUUGCCAUUAUUUUGUUGCCUACUUCAUAUGAGAUAUUUGGCAUCCAAAACUGAAGAAUGGCAACAGCUACUGAAGGAGAAAACAUUCUAUGAAAAGAACGGUCUUGUCCAAACGUUAGUACAACUCUUUUGGAAGCUCGAUAUUAUAGGAUUAAUGCUAUUUGUUGUUUCAACGGGUUGUAUACUAGUCCCUUUGACAAUUGCAGGGGGUGUUUCAAACAAAUGGAAGACUGUGAAGAUUGUUUUACCGUUGGUUUUGGGAUUUGCAUUGCUACCAGGAAUGAUUUAUUGGGAAAGCAAGUGUGCUAGAAAUCCAUUCGCCCCUUUCAAAUUAAUUAAAGAUCGUGGCAUCUGGGCACCAAUUGCUAUGAAUUUCAUGGUUUGUUUUGUAUAUCAAAUGGCUUGUGGUUAUUUAUAUACCAUAUUGAUUGUCGCCAUGAAUCAAAGCUAUAUGGCUGCAACCAGAAUCUCAACCCUCUAUGCAUUUUCGGCGGGGCUGUUCUCGCCAUUUUUCGGCUUUUUGGUUGCGAAGAGCAGGAGGUUAAAAUUUUAUAUGGUCAUUGGUUGCGGGAUGUACUUCAUUAUCAUGGGUUUGUUCUAUCAUUUCAGAGGUGGCGACAAUGCGGCUAAAGGUAUCAUUGGUGCCAUGACUAUAUGGGGUAUUGCAACAUGCAUGUACAAUUAUCCAAUUACCACUGCUGCACAAUCUGUUACUUCUCACGAACAUAUGGCUACGGUCACUGCGUUUUUGUUGACUGUUUAUCGAAUUGGGGGAGCAGUUGCUUCUGCAAUAUCCGGUGCCAUCUGGACAAAUUCAUUAUACUCCAAGUUGCUGGACAAUAUGGGCGAUGAAGAACUUGCAUCAGCUGCUUAUCAAUCUCCAUUGACUUUCAUUACUUUACACAAAUGGGGGACACCCACAAGACAAGCUAUGGUAGAAGCUUAUAGAGCAGUUCAGAGAUAUGAGGUCAUCGUCGCUUUAGCAAUUGUUGCUCCAAUGUUCAUAGUGACCUUGUGUUUGAGGGACCCAGAAUUAGUUGAUGACUAUGGACAAAAGUUGGAAGAUGGUGAAUUCGUUAACAAACACUCAGAUGACAAGAUUUCUGAAUGGUUAUUGGACAAACUCAGGUGGUUUAGAAAUAAAGAGUAG